AAUGAGCAGCAUCCGCUGCAUCCAAGUGAACCUUCAUCACGCUAAGGGCGCAUCAAGUGUGCUUAGCAGAAGGUUCACAAAAGAGCAACUGGGAGUUGCUCUCAUCCAGGAACCGUGGGUAAACCACAAGAAAAUACGCGGACUUACUAGUCCAGACAAAUUUACCCAGCGUGACAUCGUAGCUGUAACGCUAACGGUUCCAACGACCAGAGGAAAGCAGGAGGUGGUCGUUGCAUCCGCUUACUUCCCGGGCGACCAGGACGUAAUACCACCACCUGAGGUGGACGCACUUGUGCGUUACUGCAGGGCUGUCAACAAACCGUUCCUCAUCGGUUGCGACGCGAACGCCCACCACACCAUAUGGGGAAGCACAGACGUCAACGAAAGAGGUGAGUACCUUCUUGAAUACCUGUCGUCGCAUGAUGUCAAUGUAUGCAAUAAGGGCAAUGAACCUACUUUUGUUACUGUCGCAAGACAGGAGGUUUUGGACCUCACUCUGUGUAGUGCUGCUUUCGCAGACAAAAUAAAAACUGGCAUGUCUCUGAAGAAGCUAGUCUAUCUGAUCACAGACAGAUUGUCUUCGACAUAGAAGCCAGUCAAUUGAAAAGGGAAACGUUUCGUGACCCAUCCGACACGGACUGGAAUGCCUUCCGAGGUCACCUUUCCCGGUCCAAACCACAUGCCCCUCCACGGAUACGAACACCCGAAGAAUUGGACAAUGCAGCGGAUAUUCUCCAACACAGAGUCACGGCUGCCUAUCAGGC